AUGGCUGACCUUCUAACCUAUGCAAUAGUUUCUCUCUUCUUCUCAGUUUCCUCUGCGGUAUUUGACCUCAUCCCUGAACACAACUUUGUUACUUGCGUUGCCAACCAGUCUCCACAAUACUCAGCCACCAUAAGCAAAUUGGUGUACAGCCCUCAUUCCCCUUCAUUUUCAUUUAUUUUUCAGUCCUCUAUACAAAACUUCAGGUUCAACAGCACCAAAUAUCAUAAGCUUCAAUACAUCAUUACACCGUAUAGCGCUGAUCACGUCAAAGCUGCAAUCAUUUGUAGCAAAGUACAUGGCCUGCAAGUCAGGAUUCGAAGCGGUGGUCACGACUAUGAGGGGCUCUCAUAUAAUUCAUAUGUCCCCUUUAUCAUCAUUGAUCUUGUCAACCUUAAUAAUGUGAGAGUUGACAGCAACAAUGGCACUGCAUGGGUUCAAGCUGGUGCCACAGUUGGUGAGCUUUACUAUCAUGUUGCCAAUCAGAGCAAAGGCCAUGGCUUCCCAGCUGGUGUUUGCCCUAGUAUGGGUGCUGGGGGACAUAUCAGUGGUGGUGGACAAGGCACAUUGAUGAGAAAAUUUGGCCUUGCAGCUGAUAAUGUUGUAGAUGCAAUUGUGGUUACUGCUGAUGGAAAUAUUCUUGACAGGCAAGGAAUGGGUGAGGAUUUCUUUUGGGCCAUUAGAGGAGGUGGAGGAGGAAACUUUGGAGUUGUAGUUGAAUGGAAGAUCAAUUUGGUUCCAGUUCCUCCUAAGGUGACAGUUUUCAACAUACCAAGAACCCUUGAACAAAAUGCAACCAAAUUGAUUCACAGGUGGCAACAGAUUGCUCACAAGUUUCAUGAAGAUCUAUUCAUAAGAAUCAUUAUAUUUGUAGGCAAGGAUUCUAAGGGUAGAAAAACAAUCCAGGCCAAUUUCAAUUCAUUGUUUCUUGGAAACAGUGAUCAACUAGUCCCACUGAUGGCAAAAAGCUUUCCUGAGUUGGGCUUGAAGCCUGAGGACUGCAAGGAAAUAAGUUGGAUCCAGUCCACUAUUUACAGUAAUGGUGAAAACCCAGGACAGCCCUUGGAGGUUUUGAUAGAAAGAAACCAUGUUCAAAAGGGCUUCUUCAAAGGCAAAUCAGAUUUUGUGACUGAACCCAUUUCAGAAACAAACUUAGAAGCCAUAUGGAAGGUAAUGCAAGAAGGUGAGGCUGGUGUUAUGGUUUGGGAUCCUUAUGGUGGAAAAAUGAGUGAGAUUUCAGAAUCUUCAAUUCCAUUUCCACAUAGAGCUGGAGUUUUACACAACAUACAAUACUUCAGCAAAUGGCAAGAGGGGGGAUAUUUGGCUGAGCAGAGGCAUUUGAAGUGGAUCAACAGACUUUACAACUUCAUGGCUCCAUUUGUGACUAAAAACCCUAGGACUGCAUAUGUCAACUACAGGGAUUUGGACAUUGGGAGAAAUAUCCAUGGAAGAUUUUCUGAAGCCAAGGUUUGGGGUGAAAAGUACUUCAAGGGAAAUUUUGAUCAAUUGGCUCAUAUAAAGGGCAUGGUUGAUUAUGGAAACUUCUUCAAGAAUGAGCAAAGUAUUGUACCAAACUUUUCUCUUUGA